AUGGAGCUCGUUGUGCUCAUUGCUCUUCUUCUCUUGGGCUUGACCGUACUGAUCAGGCGGCGUAGCUACAUCUACACUACUAGUACCAGUCGUGCCCGUGCUCCAGCUGCUGUGGUGAUCCAGAGGAUCGCCGAUCCCGCGGUAGCCCACCGUGCGCUCGUCGAGAACGCCGACGACUUCUCGGACCGCCCGGUGGCGCCCUUUCUGGUCUUUCUGGAGAAGAAACACGGCCAGUAUGGCGACGGCCUAGCCUCCGCGCCGUACGGCCCUCUCUGGAGUGCUUUCCGGUGCAACAUCACCUCCGAGACCCUCCACCCGUCGCGCCUCGGGCACGUCACGCCGCUGCAGCGUGAGGCUAUCCAUGGCCUCGUCGCCAAUUUGGGGAAGGAACUGCCGGUGGUCGCCAUCGUCCGCGACCACCUCUACCCUUCCAUCUUCUCGCUACUCGCGCGCCUGUGCUUCGGCGACGACGUGGACGAGGGGCAUGUGCGCGUCAUGGGCUGCCUGAUACGGGAGUUCCAGCAGGUUGCCGUCGGAGAGGCUCGGGCCUCGCCUGGCACCAUGUUGGCCAAGCUCGCGGAGUGGAGACGGCUGCGCCGGCUCUUGGCCAUACACGGCCGGUUGGGCGAGUUGUACCUCCCUCUUGUCGACGCACGGCGGGAGUCCCGACCGACAUGCGACGGUGGCGGCCGUCGUCCAUACGUCGACUCGCUCAUCGACCUACGCGUCCCAGAUGGAGGCAAGGGUGACGGUGCAGGGCGGCGCGCUGUUAGGGACGACGAGUUCGUGAGCCUGCUGUCGGAGUUUCUGGGCGCUGGCACGGGGACGGUGAUGGCAAGCAUCGAAUGGACCCUCGCCCACCUGGUAAACGACCAGGAGAUCCAGAAAAAGCUUCGGGACGAGGUCGACGGCGCCGGCGGGGCCGUGGCCGCCAGCUCCAGCAGGAGCCUCAUCCGUGGCAUGCCGUAUCUGAACGCGGUCGUGCUCGAGACCCUCCGCUUGCAUCCACAGGUGCCCUUCGUCCAGCGCCACGUCCAUGCCGACGCAGCGGAGGUGCUCGGAGUUGGAGGAAAAACCAGCGGCGACUUCAUUGCACAGUUUACUGUUGGAGACAUGGGAAGGGACGGCAAGACGUGGAUCGAUCCGGACGAGUUCCGGCCGGAGCGGUUCCUUCCCGGCGGUGAGGCAGAGGACGUCGGCCCUUUGCCGGGGACCAAAGAGAUAAGGAUGAUGCCAUUCGGCGCCGGGCAUAGGUUCUGCCCGGGCGUGGGUCUGGCCAUGAUGAACAUCAAGUGCUUCUUGGCUGCCCUUGUGCAUGAGUUCGAGUGGGCGCCUCCGGGGACGGAGGGCUGCGCCGGCGUCGACAUGACGGAGCUCAACACCUUCAUCAAGGCGAUGAAGAAGCCCCUUUCCGCACGUCACACGCGACGCACUUAA